AUGACUAACAGGUCACGUUUUCUUGGCGGCGUAAAUCCGCCGCUAUUGCCUACGCCGUUUUCCCCACCGGCGGGGAAGGAGGCAACUCCGCUAGACAAGCAACCCCUCGACUCAGAUUUUAUAGUGAUACUCGCGGCGCUCCUUUGCGCGCUAAUAUGCGUUCUGGGACUUGUCGCUGUUGCCCGCUGCGCUUGGAUCCGCCGCAUUUCCGGUAGAAACUCCGCCGUUCCGCCGUCAUCUCACGCAUCGGCCAACAAAGGCCUGAAGAAGAAGGUCCUGAAAUCGCUCCCGAAGCUGACCUACGCCGCCAACGACGACAAGAUCGGGAAUUUAUCCGACUGUGCAAUUUGUUUGUCGGAGUUCACCGCCGGGGAUGAGGUUCGAGUGCUUCCUCAGUGCGGCCAUGGCUUCCACGUUUCUUGCAUUGACACGUGGCUUGAAUCUCACUCUUCCUGCCCCUCUUGCCGCCAGAUUUUGGUGGGGACACGGUGUCAGAAGUGCGGCAGCGUGCCAGAGGCCGGCUCCUCCUCCUCCGCCCCUGCCAAUCGUUCCGGAGCUGAGUCUGAGCCAAGCUGCAGGCGAAGAGAAGAUCUCGUCAACAGGUUUUUGCCUUAA